UCACCCCGUCACUGGGCUUUGAACCGCCGACCUUCCAGUUGGCAAGCCCUAGGCUCAGUGGCUUAGACCAUAGCGCCACCCGCGUCUGCUUUGCUUAGGGGGUGGCUAUAUGUCAAUGAGCAUGCACCCUGAUUUGAUUGCAAGGCCUUCACACACCUUCCUGACAAUGAUUUGUUCAUUCCACACUUUGCAGUGCUUUCCCCUGUUGCUUUCCAAACUGCAAAAAGGACCACUCUCUCUUUUUAAAGUGGAUUUGUUGCUUUAAUCCACUUCAUUUGCACAGACCUAAAGUUCUGACUCCGUCCUCCAUAAUACUGAGAUGCUGCAGGCAUCUUGAGUUUCUAAUCUUUCUAAUCUCCCUUCCUCAUUCAUGGACAGGUAGGGAGAGUCCCAUAGGGGCAUGUAACUUUCUACCAGCAUUGCCCAGAGAAAUGCUUGUGCAAUUCGAAAUUCCCCUGAAUUACAGGUUUUUAUUCUUUCUGCUUGCACUUUUACCAAAAAAAAUUGUCCAUCUCUGUGAGGGGGAGGCUCCUUGGAUUUAUAGGCAGCGCUUGGGAUGCCCAUCCACUUCUUUGCAGAGCCAAAGUACCAGGAGCAGCAAAGUCAAGAGGGCCGUCAGCUCCCAAAUGGGCCUCUUUGGAGUGUUGCCCUUCUUGCUGGUCUCCUGCAUCACCUUCUUGCUUAUCCUAAUCCGGAGGAGAGAUGCCACAAAGGGCAAACUGCCCCCGGGCCCCACCCCAUUGCCUUUGGUGGGCAACUUGCUCCAGUUGAAUAUUUGGGACAUCAUUGCGUCUUUUCAGAAGGUCAGUGAGCAGUAUGGCUCAGUCUUCACUGUCUACAUGGGCUCCCGGCCAAUUGUGGUGCUGUGCGGUUAUGGAACCAUAAAGGAAGCACUCAUAGAUAAUGCAGAAGCAUUUGGAGGGAGAGGACUGAUGAUGGGUAUGGAUGAAAGCAUCAGGGAUUAUGGCGUGGUUUCCACCAACGGGGAACGGUGGAGGCAGCUGCGUCGCUUCUCCCUCACCACCCUGAGGAACUUUGGGAUGGGGAAGAGAUCCAUCGAGGAGCGGAUCCAGGAAGAGGCCCAGUUCCUGGUGGAAGCCCUGAGGAAAACGGAAGGGCACCCAUUUGACCCAACCUUCUACCUCAGCCAUGCCGUCUCCAAUGUUAUCUGCUCUGUGGUUUUUGGCCAGCGGUUUGAAUAUGAAGACAAACAGUUUGUCUUUUUACUUGAUGUGAUCAACAAAUCCUUCCGGCUCAUGUUUUCCACAGCGUCGCAGAUGAAGAAUUUUUUCCCGGGCCUGAUGCGGAUCCUGCCUGGGCCUCACCAAGAAGUGCCCAAGUACAUGAAGAAGUUAAUAAACUUCAUCUCUCAGAGGGUCCAGAUCCACCGGGAAUCCUUCGAUCCAAAUUGCCCCCGGGACUUCAUUGACUGUUUCCUGGCCAAAAUGGAGCAGGAGAAAGAGAACCCAACUUCGGAAUUCCAUAAUGAGAACUUGGCUGUUACGGUUCUUAACCUGUUCUUUGCAGGAACAGAGACAGUCAGCACCACCCUCAGAUACAGACUUCUCAUCCUCCUCCGAUACCCAGAGAUAGAAGCUAAGGUCCAAGAGGAGAUUGACCGGGUCAUUGGGAGGAACCGCAGCCCCUCCUUAGAGGACCGGAGUCAGAUGCCCUUCACGGAUGCUGUCAUUCAUGAGAUCCAGCGCUUUAUAGACGUCUCCCCACUGGCACCUCCUCAUUCGGUGACCUGUGACACACAUUUCCGGGGCUUCAGCAUUCCCAAGGGAACCACAGUAGUGCCAUUCCUGUCGUCCUGCCUGCAUGACCCCCAGCACUUUCAGACACCGAGGAAGUUCAAUCCUCAGCACUUCCUGGAUGAAAGAGGGUCCUUCAGGAAGAAUGAGGCCUCCCUCCCAUUUUCAACAGGGAAAAGGGUCUGCCUUGGCGAAGGUUUGGCCCGUAUGGAGCUCUUCCUAUUCCUCACAACGGUGUUGCAAAACUGCCACCUAAAAUCUCUCCAGGAGAGGGAGGAAAUAGACAUUUCAGCGGAUGUGCGAGGCAGUUCAAAACUUCCCCCGCCUUAUAAUCUUUGCAUGGUUCCCCGGUAAAUGGUCCCUGCUGCAUGAGCGCUGAGAUAUUUGGGGGAUGCCUCUUCUAUCUCUCUGAUUGGGAGAUAAUAUUAACACAAUGAAGGUUUGUGGCUGAAAAACUGCUUUGAAAAUCACUGUGACUAAAGUGUGUUAUGUGUAGAUCUCAAUAUAAAAGGAGUCUGCCCUGCUUGC